ACAGCACUUCACUAGCUGGCCUCCGUAACACUCACUCCACUCCGAUCCAGGUCACGACACCAAUGUAGCCCCUCCUGUCCUACACCACCUAAACCGCUCUGAGCUGGGAUUGAACGGGUGACCUUCCGCAUGGGAGUCGGUUGCUCUAGCAAGGAGGCUAAAAACCAUUGCCUCUAGCGACUGUUAGAGGAGUGAGGUUUACCUACACAGCACUUCCCUAGCUGGCCUUCAUUAGCAAAAUAAAAAUAGUACAUUUUGCAGACUUUUACUCUAAAUUGUUUUGUAACAAUCCAUUUUAAUCUUAGUCCUAAAGCCUGAUGUCGUCGUAUCAGAUCCGGGAGUAUCGGGAUGCCGAUUACGCAGACAUGAGGUUGAUUUACUCCACUGGCUUCAGAGAGCACGCUGGGACAGUGUAUCUUCAGGCCCUGCAAUGGGCUCAAGCUCUGCUCUGUGGAGUUUUUCUGCUCCUCCAAGUCUUCUUCGUAUCAUUCCUGACCUGCAUUGUGAGUAUUGGAGGAGUUUUGCUGGUUAUUCGGAUCUUAGUGCAGUAUUUUUUCAAACAGGGAAUUCAGCUUGGGCUCAGCGAGGAUCUGUUGGACAUCAGGAGCUCCUACAUGCAGACUGGGUGCAAGAGCUGCUUUUGGGUUGCCGAAGAGAAAGGGUCUAUUGUCGGGACGGUGGGCAUUUUGCCCUGUGUGGAGGAGCCAGGUGCCUGGGAACUGAAAAGGAUCUCUGUGAAAUGGGAGUUUCGGGGCCGUGGCGUCGCAAAAGCUCUUUGUAAAGCAGCCUUGGAAUUUGUUGCCAGACAUAAUGUGAGGAGAGUGGUGCUUUUCACCUCCAUGGUCCAAACUGAUGCUCACAAGCUGUACAACACCAUUGGGUUCCAAAAGGAAGAGGAGUUUGUGUGGCCGUCACUUCCUGGCAGGUUGAUCGAGUUUAUUGUGUUUAAAUAUGCACACAGGAACAGUACCGUGAUCUCAUUCUGA